AUGGAAGGGCAACAACAGCAAAUGCAUCAGAUGAUUACCGAUAUGGGUAAUCAAUUCCAGGCAGCCAUCAGAAGCAUCCAAACUUCACAGGCAGCCCCUGCAACUCCUGCAGCCCCUGCUGUUCCUCCCCCUCCUGCUCCACAACAGGACACUGAAGGCCGCAUGAUGGAAAGGUUCCUCAAAAUGCAGCCUUUAACUUUUGCUGGGACCAGCAAGGACAACCUGCUACCUGUUAAAUGGGUGAAAGAGAUGGAGAAAGCCUUCAAGUUUCUGGGAUGCAAUGACCAGCAGAAACUCAUCUGUGCUAGAUAUAAGCUACAGUAUGAAGCAGAGGCUUGGUGGGAAACCACAAAGCCUAUUUUGCAAGCGGAACACGCUGUCCUAACCUGGGACAUCUUUAAACAAGCUUUCUUUGGGAAUUACUUCCCCACCAGUGUGAAGAAGAGGAAAGAGAUUGAACUAGCUGAAUUAGUUCAGGGGUCGAAGUCAGUGCUGGAGUACCAGCAGAAGUUUGAAGAGUUAUUCUUCUUUGCUCCCCCUCACAUGGGUACCGAUGAAGCUAAAGCACAGAAGUUUGAAGAUGGGUUGAGGCCAUAG